AUGUAUCCGCCUAAUGCGACGAGUGACGUUAUGGAUGGGAGGAAUGAUGCUGCAAUAGCUGCUGCUUUGGAAGCGAUGGCUCAGGCUAUGCAGAACCAACCGAAUGCUGACGAGAAUGCUGGAUCUCGUAGUUUGGCGACUUUCCAAAGGGUGAACCCGCCAGUGUUCAAGGGUACGCAUGACCCCGAUGGUGCUCUUGAAUGGUUGAAAGAGAUCGAACGAAUCUUCCGUGUUAUGGAUUGCACUCAUGCACAAAAGGUUAGAUAUUGCACUCAUAUGCUGGCUAAGGAAGCAGAUGAUUGGUGGCUAGAGACCCGUAGGAGGUUGGAGGCUAAUGGUGAGGAGAUCACUUGGAUUGCAUUUCGCAUGGAAUUCUUAAGGAAAAUUGAUGAGUUAAAGGUGGUGCGAGAAUUUCCUGAAGUGUUUCCUGAUGACAUUCCUGAUGUGCCUCCAGAAAGAGAAGUUGAACUUGUGAUUGAUCUUAUACCGAGAACCAGACCUGUUUCUAUCGUACCGUACAGGAUGUCUGCAUCAGAGUUAUCUGAAUUAAAGAAGCAAUUAGAAGAAUUGCUUGAGAAGAAGAUCUUGGAGAUUGGGGUUUCUACUUCAUUCAAGUAUGAUUCAGUAAAUGUUACUUCGGGUGUUGGAUUAUAA